AUGAACUCUGGUUGGAUCCGUUCUUUUGGAUUUAUACGCGGAUUUCAUUUUUUGAGCGGUUUUUUUCCAUGCACAAGAACAGUUUUAAUGAAAAAUGAUCAAAUUUUGAAUUUGAAAGAAGGAGGCUUUCUAAGAGGGAAAAAGAGACCUCAGAUGAUGAAAAAUAUGUUUUUUCAUACAUCAAAAAUCAUUUUGGCUAUGAAAGAUCCAUAUGCUACACUUAAUUUAACCAAGGAUGCUACUACUGCUGACAUUAAAAAAGCGUAUUUUAAACUUGCAAAACAGUAUCAUCCAGACACAAAUAAAGAUAAAGGUGCUCAAGAGAAGUUUCUUGAGAUUCAACAGGCAUAUGAGAUUUUAAGUGAUCCAAAAAAACGAAGUAAAUAUGAUCAAUACGGUACAUCUGCUUUUGAAGGUGAAAAGUUUAGCACUAGUGGGUCAUCAGAUUUUGAAGAUUUUGGGGGUUUUAGCAAUAUGAAAGGGUUUCCAUUUGAUGAUUUGUUUGGAGCAUUUGGUUUCGGAGGGAAAUCAAGUACACGUAGUAAUGUUAAUGAAAUAUUAGUAGGUGAUGAUGUUGAGGUCCAAACAAGUAUUUCAUUUAUGGAGGCGGCAAAAGGAGGAACAAAGUCGAUUUAUAUAAACCUUAUGGCAACAUGUAAAACAUGUUCUGGAACAGGUUUGAAAUCGGGUCAAAAACGUAGUGCGUGUCAACGCUGUGGAGGGACAGGUACAAGAGUACAUAUUAUGCAUGGCGGAUUCCAAGUUGCUAGUACUUGCGAGUACUGUAAGGGUGCAGGAAUCACCAUUUUACCAGGAUCGGAGUGUUGGAGUUGUAGUGGGAAUGGUAUAAUUAGAGAAAAGAAAGCUAUUAAAUUGGACAUUCCAGCAGGAAUUGAAGAUGGUAUGCGUAUUCGGCUUGCUGGUGAAGGUAAUGCUCCUCAAGCUACUAUUUCAGCAAGAAAAACCAAAAAUGGUGAUUUAUAUGUACGUAUUCGUGUUAUGCCUCAUGCUAUAUUUCGAAGAAAAGGCUCGGAUAUUUUCCAUACAGUGACAAUACCUAUGACUACUGCAGCAUUAGGCGGUACAAUUAAAGUUCCUACACUAGAUAAUGAUGUUGAAUUAAAAGUUCCUUCUGGAACAGCAACAGGUGAUGUAAUCGUUAUGAAUGGAAAGGGUAUAGAGCGUUUGCACAGUAAUGGCAUGAAAGGAGAUAUAAAAUAUGAUUUUAAAGUCACUAUACCAAAAAUAUUAUCUCCUUAUGAACGAACACUGCUUGAACAACUUGCUGCAUCAAUGGGUGAUCAUACUGCAAAAAAGGAUAACUCGCAGGCAGACCAAAAGACAGAAUCUGAUAAAAAGUCUCAAGAGGGUUUUUUUAAAAGAACGUUUCGGAAACUACAGUAUUCUAACGAUUCUUGA